AUCCUCUCCUCACUCUCAGCUGAUCUAUCCUUUAGACGCUUCACAUUAAGGCAUCCUCAGAAACCAUGAGGUAGCCUCCUUAUUUGCCUUUCAAACUAAACAUCAAAGCAUUUAGAAACCAUGAGUUUAUAUGUUGUUUGGACACAACCCGUGAUUUCCACCACCGGAGCAAGAACAUCUCCUGGUGUUGAUCGUAGGAGUGACUUCGACGUGAAGGGUGACGGCACCGGAGGAACGUGCGGUAGUUUUCACUUCUUUGUUCAGCACGCAGUAUCGGGGUCUCAUGGCGGUGGGCGGGUUCGGACUCGGGCAUGGAUCUGGGUUCGAGGAUGUGAGUUCUGGGCUUGGAAGAGGGGUGUGGCCUUUUACUGGGGUUGGGAGACGGUGCUGCUGGUCUUAGAUCUAAUGGUGCGGCUGCAAUUGGGAUGGGUAACACGUGGCAAUUUGAGAGCGGAGAAACUGGGUUUGUUCAUUGUUGGUGUUGUUGGACUUGGAUAUCAUGGGAACAUGAACAUCAUUGUUGGGAAGCAACUAAUUUCACUGGUUGCUUUGACUACGCGUGUUGAAAACAGAAGCCAAUGGGCACUGCUUGUGUUAGAUUUCAUGAGAGGGGGAAUUGAUGGAGAAACGAUCAUGAAGAUAGAGAUCUUGCCUCGGGCACAGAUAGACCUUAUCCCCAGCACCAUAUUUCGCAAUGACAAUGAAGACAAUCCUGUUUUUGUGUAUGCUCAUACUGAUGGAAUGGACACACAAUUUUGGACUCCUUUAGACCCAAAUAUGAUCAAGUAUAAUGCUAAGGUUUUUCUGGGAUUUGUGGGCUUUCGGAAGCCAAUUGAAACUGCAUUUUUUGGUGGAUCUAAGUUUGGAAGGCUGAGGGUUGUUGUUGAGGUGAAAAAUGCUGUGAAGAAGAUGAUGGAUAAAAUCAUGGGCAGAAACUGAUGAUUUUGUAAGUCCUGUAUUUUCUUUUUUGCCAGGAUUGAGAGGUUUACAAAUAAACAGGUUUAUAUUUU